AUGGGAGGCGUUGCGGUGGACGUGGGCGCGGGUGGUGUGAAGGCUCCAGAUGGAGGAUGGGGCUGGGCCGUGCUGGCGGGCUGUUUUCUCAUCACUGGCUUCUCCUACGCCUUCCCCAAAGCUGUCAGCGUGUUUUUCAAAGAGCUGAUCAGGGAGUUUGGUGUUGGAUACAGCGACACUGCCUGGAUUUCCUCCAUCCUGCUGGCCAUGCUCUACGGCUCAGGUCCUCUGUGCAGCGUGCUGGUGAACCGCUUCGGCUGCCGGCCUGUGAUGAUGGUGGGAGGCCUGUUUGCCUCUUUGGGGAUGAUCCUAGCCUCCUUCUCCACCAGCAUCAUCCACAUCUACCUUACAGCUGGAGUCAUCACGGCCCUGAAUUUCCAGCCAUCUCUGAUCAUGCUGAAUCGAUACUUCAGUGAGAAGCGUCCUCUGGCUAACGGCCUGUCAGCGGCUGGGAGCCCCGUGGCUCUGUGCUGCCUGUCUCCUCUGGGCCAGGUCCUUCAGUACCAGUAUGGCUGGAGGGGUGGCUUCCUCAUCUUAGGGGGGAUUCUGCUGAACUGCUGUGUAUGCGCAGCCCUAAUGAGGCCUUUGGUUCCUGCAAAGAGCCUCAAGUCCCACGAUUUGGGACAGGCUGACAACGAGGAGUCAGAUGGGGAACAAGAGCAGAAGAGAACGGUCAAACCCAAGCUGCUGGAUUUCUCUGUGUUCAAAGACUGUGGCUUUGUGAUCUACACUGUGGCAGCCUCCAUCAUGGUGCUGGGGCUGUUUGUGCCCCCAGUCUUUGUUGUGAGCUAUGCUAAGGAGCUUGGGAACGAGGACACCAAGUCCGCCCUGCUGCUGACCAUCCUGGGUUUCAUAGACAUCUUUGCACGGCCUACUUGUGGGGUGAUUGCCGGCCUGAAGUGGGUGCGGCCUCGCUGCAUCUACCUCUUCAGCUUCGCCAUGAUUUUCAAUGGAACAACCGACCUGAUUGGCUCUCAGGCCAAUGACUACACAUCGCUGGUGGUCUUCUGCAUCUUCUUUGGCAUCUCCUAUGGGAUGGUGGGCGCGCUGCAGUUUGAGGUGUUAAUGGCAAUCGUUGGGACCGAGAAGUUCUCCAGUGCCAUUGGCCUUGUCCUGCUCAUGGAGGCUAUUGCUGUUCUGGUGGGACCACCCGGUGCAGCUCCGACCAAUCAGGACACACUCCCGUGCAUUCAUGCGAGCGCGUCCGUGCGUGCGUGCGUGCGUGCGUGCGUGGGUGUUGUGCUGUGGCCGCAGGAGCCCACCCAGUCCCGGGGAGGAAAUGAGAGGGGAAGCACAGUCAUAAAAGUGGAGAGGACCGACGGACAGAGCCGCAUUCCUCUGUCCACACCAGCGCGCGCGCGCGCGCGCGUGCACACGGCGGAAUGUAAAUACACUAGCAAAACCUGCAAAGCUUUUGAAAGAGACCAGGAGUAA